UGAAAAAAAAAAUAAAAAACUGAAAGAAUUGCUAUCAGGGUUUCUCUUCAGCGUAAAGCGCAGUAGCUUUCUCUAAAUCGGGCGAUCGUGCUGUUUCUAUAUGUUUAGUGUUCCGCAAAGAACGGAGAAAAUUUGAUUACUUUCUUACUACCCAAGAUACGCCGGAGAGGCUGCUAUUUCUUUCAGCUAGGCUGAACUCGGAAGACUCUGCAACCGCGACCCUUGAAUUCUUAGUUCUUCGUCCUCCUCUCUUCUACUCGUAAUAAACGACGAUGGCUAGCGACAAGUCGGUGAUGGCGGUGAUUAGGGCCGCGAGGCCAACAUUUCGGAAUAAUUACGACAAAAUCGCGUUUUCCGUUCACGCUUCCUUCCUCGCCUCUGGUUAUGUCCUCACUGCCACAGGUCCUCAGGCGGUUUCUGACUCCGCCCUUUCCAACCCCUCUACUGAUGAGGUGUCUGUUGAUCACUGGAAUGAACUGGACGAUGAGUACGCAUUUGUCUACGCGAACCCUGAUAAGGGUUCGAAGAAAGUUUUGGUCAAGUGCCUUGUGAUGAAUGAUAAAGUACUCGUUGAUGCUUUGUCUGAUGGAUCUUCUGAGCCUGUGCAUCUUGAGAUUGAUGUUGGGGACUAUACUGGAGACAACGGAAGCAGCAAUUAUUCGGACCAGUUCAAAAAUUUGGAUAAGUUAGUGAAGAGCCUGGAUAAGGAAGUUUUCUCUAAACUGGAGGGCUCCUCUAAACCAAGCUCAUCAAGUAAUCCCGGGAGCUCAGAAGCAGGUGAUAGAUCAAGGUCAGAAGUACAUCAGCCUGAUGCUAGAUUUCACGAUCCAGCUGGUCCUCCAAUUCAUCCUUCAGGAGUUAUAUAUCCUCCGAUAAAUCCUGAUUGGGGAAGUGAUUUGUACCCUGGGCCUGGUGCUGGAGUUUAUCCCAUGAGGGGUGGUCCUGGCGGUGGUGGGAGUAUGCUUGUAGGGCCUGAUGACCCACGUUGGUUUGGAGGUAUUGGUGGAGAGCCUGGUUUCCCAGGAGGACAACCGGGUGUUCCUCCGGGUGCUCGAUUUGAUCCAUAUGGCCCCCCUGGUGUUCCUGGUUUUGAACCCAACAGGUUUGCUAGGAAUCCUCGGAGGCCUGGGCAGGACACUCAUCCAGACCUACAACAUUUUCGGAGAGAUUCAGAUUUCAUUUAAUGCUGUGUGUGUCAGACGCUAAUAUCUUUGCUAUGAAAACCCCUCUCCCCUCCCCUUCUCUUUGGAGAAUCAUUGGAGGGGCUUAAAGCAGUUAUUAUAAUUAGCUAAGUGAUAAGUUUUGUUGCCAGAAGUUUGUUGUUUUCACCUUUUCUGUAGCACUAUGCCAAAUCAAUUAUAAAUGAAUAUGAUAUAUCUUCAUGUAAAA